UCCUAAUCUAGAUACAGGAGCUGAAGAAAAAGAUCAAUACAAGGCGUACGGCAAAACUUUCAGAAAAAUGAUAACGGACUGUUUACAAAAAGAGGCGGCCAAGAGGCCAACGGCCGCCGAACUCUUGAAGCACCCCUUUUUCAAGAAGGCCAAGGACAAGAAAUACCUGCAACAAACGCUGAUUGCCAUCGGCCCCAGCUUAGAGACAAGAGUACAAAAGGCUUCGAGAAGACAACCUGGCGCUUCGGGCAGGCUGCACAGGAAAGAGACGGGGUGGGUGUGGUCCAGCGAGGACGAGGACGGAGACGAUUCGAGCGACAGCGAUUCUGACGUUAAACCCAUGAACACGCUGGUAUCGGCCGGGUCUUCUGGGUCGGACCAUGAGAGUAGUGAGAGUGAACCUCCGCCAGUAAAUCUGGUAUUAAGGAUGAGGAACGCGAAACGGGAACUAAACGAUAUUCGAUUCGAGUUUGCCGUUGGAAAAGAUUCCGCAGAAGGAAUUGCAAGCGAAUUGGUGGGCGCUGGUCUGGUUGAUGGCAAAGAUAUAACACCUAUAUCACAGAAUUUGCAAAAACUUAUCGAUCAAAGGCACGCUGUUAAAGUGGUGACGUUCCAAUUGAAUUCAAGUAUUGGCAGUAAUGAGACCCCGGAUGAUAAGGCGUUAAUUGGAUUUGCUCAGAUCUCAAUUACAGACUGAAAGAGACUGGAUAUCAAAUAUAUUAUUUUUUCUUGAUACAUACCAAUUUUCUCCCUGGAAUCUACUGACCAUUGUACAUGUUUUAGAUGAUUUUUAGAGGAUCUGGAAGGAUUUCGUUUUAUUUUUAUUGUGUUUUAGCAAUUUAAACUUAAUUUAUAUAUUAUUAUUAGCGAAAUUAUUUUAUAUUUGUAGUUUUUCACAUUUAUUUAUUUUAUUUUAUGUCUACUAACUUCCAUAUUCUCCUUUAUAUAUGUGAGGCCUAAGGUUUAAAGAAUGUAUGUAACUUUUUUUAUAAUUAAAUUAAGAUAGUCUUCUUACAGAUCAAAACUGAAGUGUUGUUUGGUCAAUAGAUUUCAAGUAUAGUUGUACUUAAAAGUUCCAUGAAAUUCGCAGUUUUAAUUAGACUUUCCUAUAAUAUUGUAAGUUUUUGAGAUUUUACAAUGUAUUUUUUCUCUAUAGUAUGUCAAAAACUUUCUAUUUUUCCUUGUAAUUACAGAAUACCUUGGAUAGAUGAUUUUUUUGCAUUUUGCUUAUCAUUUCAAAGGAAUAUUAGUUUACUGUUUCUAGUAGGCUUUUUGGUGGGCAUGUCAACGAUAUCCUAAUUGACUACUAUGCAAGAAAAAUGUGUAUUUAUAUGGGGAAUGAGGGGGGGCUAAAAAUGUAUAUAAUAUAUUUAUUCCAAAUAAAUCUAGCUGCAUUUUUGAAGUA